GUAGUGGCGGCACGUAAACAAAGCCUUUGAAGUCGCCGAAACCGUCCAUUUUGCCGGUUUUUUUCUUCAUUUCUCGCGAGAAUCUUGCGCUGAGUGGUUGUUGGGUUUGCGCUGAGUUAAUUGUUUGUUUGUGGUGGAUUAAAUUAUUAUUUUGUGAUUGUGAACGUGCCGUUUGGUGUGCAAGAUAAUAAGAUGAAAAUGUACCCGACGAAAAACAUGGACGAUUACGUAUCAGAGAUCAACAGAUUAUUCCCCAAAUCUCGGAGCAAUGAAAUGCCUGACCUCCCUCCAAUGUUCGCUCAGCACCCUUUCAACCAAUCACCGGUACAGACCAGAGCUAUGGCUAACAAUUCGUCCAGUUCUGCCGAAUCCAUAUCCCCAGAAUAUGCUGAGAUAACCCGCCCCGGUAUCCCAUUCGCAAGACAACGCCCCAUAGUUGGCCGCAAGAUUUUCACCAACACUGAACCGCAACCAUGCAACCCUGACACUAGGAAAAGCUACGAAGACGAAACAAACUGGGUAAGGGAAGAGCCUCAACUUUACGGUGUUACCCCAACAAACCACUACAUGGAAUACCCACAACACUACGAAUUGUUCCCCGAGAAGAAAGAUUUCGGUUUCAAAACCCCGAUGAAACUACCGAACAGCCCAACCUACAUGCCGAGUCCAUCCAAUGCUUCCCCGAGCUCAUCAACGUACUCACCGACUGCAAAAUUCAACGAAACAUCUCCGAAAACCUUUCAAGUCAACGCGAAAACGUUCCAGCCGUUUGCGUCUCCUCCGCAUAUGGGCAAUUUUGACAUGGCUGGGUCGAAGAUGUGUUCGUUCUGUCGCAAGAACGGGGAGACUCCGGUGGUGUACAUGAACCAUACAAUCAGGGAGCGAGUCGGGGGCAGGAGUGUGGUCACAUGUCCGAUCUUGAGGUCCCAUGUGUGUUCCACUUGCGGUGCUUCUGGCGAUAAUGCUCAUACUAUCACCUACUGCCCAGUCCUCCGCAGCAUCAACAACGGCGUGCCUCUACAAUCUACCACCAUCACACUCAAGAAUACCAGAAUCAAGAGUAACGGGAAACGGAGGUACUAAUAUUAUUAAAAUUUAAUGACAACAGGAGGGCCACUACCAAAAACGAAUGAAUGAAGGAACAAGAGCUGUCAUUCAGUUGGUAAGCCUAAUACAACGAGAUAGACUCGUGGUUAUCGCUGUAUAUUGUUGUUCCGAAGAUUCGGAGCGCUGCGCGAAGCACGGCUCUAUCUGUUUGUAUCGUAUCAUGUUUGUUCGUUCGACGAUUUACAGAGUGAACCAGUUGAAUUUGUGGUGGAAUUUUCGGAGAUUAGUUCCAAGUUUGGCCUCUAGAUGUCAGUUGGCCUUGCGUUGGUUGCAUGUAGCUGGGUAGCUGCCACUACACGGGUUCGUUAUAGACGUCACUUUAUCGCGAUUCGCCAUAAUACAGCGAUACGAGUUUAUCGACGCCGAUAAAGAACCCGUGUAGCGGCCGCAGGACGCUGUAGAUUUUAUGGAUCGACUGAGACACUAAAAAUGCUCCUUUUAAAUUUCAUUUUAGAGACUAACCCCCUUAUUCAUAGAGA